GCAGAGGCCGGUCCCGCCGCGGCGCUCGGUUUCCCGCCGCGCCCGCAGCCAUUGGCUGCCGCAGGUGACGCGGCGGCGGUGGGGGGCGGCCGUUGGUGGCGGCCGUGAGGAGCGCGGAAGUUGAUUAUUCAGCCUUUCCAAAGAUGAAGAGGAAAGUUGUAAAAGCUGGGCAAUUGAGACUUAGUCCUAAUGAAGAAACCAUGCUGCUGAAAGAAGAAUAUGAAAGGAGAAGAAAGCUGAGGCUGCAGCAGGUUAGGGAGCAACAGAAGUAUAUUGCCUUGCAGAUAAGACAGAAGGUAAAGCAGAGGAGAGAAGAACAACUGCAUCGGUUAGAGGAGGCACUGAGAGCUGAGUGGCAGAAAGCACAGGAUGAAAAGAUGAAAGCCUUAGAAGAAUUUUAUUUAUCAAGCCUAAGAGCAAUUGGUGAGGGUCACCGACAAGCCAAGGAGAACGAACCUGACUUAGAAGCUCUGGCAAAACAAGCAGAGGAAAGGAAACAACGAGCAGAGAAGAGGCAUAGGAAAGCCUUGAAAGAGCAGAAGUACCAAAAAGAAAACUUACUUCGCGAGCAAGCCCGACGAACAAAUGCACGUAAACAUGCUCUCGAAGUAGAAAGACAAAGAGCAGCCAAAAUUGCAAGCCUGCCACCUCCUCCACCACAUCCUCUUGAGAAGUUUGAAGUGAAAAAGGCUCCUGCAGUGAAGCUCUAUAGUGCUGACAACUUUUCUGUUACACGUUACCAUAUUUCUGAACCUUAUGUGGACAGAGAAGUGGAUGGAGAGCAGCCAGAUGCUCGGUCAGCUGCUGAAGAAGAAGGAAAACGUUUGGAGGAACUGCAUAGGGAGACAGAAAGGGAGAGAAGAGAGCAGCUUGAAAAGGCACAUCUCCGAGGGAGUCAUGCCUUGAAGAAGGUCCAUUUGGCUCAGGACAGGGAAAGGCUACUGAAAGAACUUGAGCAACUGCAGAACAUGGAUCGGAUGCGCAGAAGACAGAUUGUCGCGCAGAUGCCACCUCAGCUUUUUGUGCCUCCAUACAAACGUAUGGAAAUAAAAGAAGAAUGGCAGAGAGAGUUGGAGUUUGCAUUCGAAGAUAUGUACAGUGAAGACAGGAAAAUGAAAGAAGAUCUCAUUUUGCAGUUUGAACCACAACCUCUGCCAGGCCCUUCUGAUAGACCUCACGAUAAUGAUCUUGAUAUCUCUUUGGAGCAAGAAUCUGCUUGUGAUGCUCAACCAGAAGAGAAGGUCCCCAGUGAAUCAGAAGAUCAUGAAGAAGCAAAAACUCGCCAACUUCAGUCAAAACUUGCCUUAAAGAAAUUGCUGAACAAGAUUAGAAGCCAAAAAGAGGAGUGGACGUCAAAAAGUGAGAAAGAUACUCAAAGUGAAGUUGAGACUAUUGAAUCAGGCACAAUUGCUAGUGAAGAGAGACCACUGUGCGAUUCAGAACUGAACUUUGAGCAACAGAAAAAUAUAGUUUGUGAAGCCAAAGACUCUGUGAAAACGUUGGAUAAGACAGUUGCUGCUGAAAAUUCAGUUCUAAUCCAUCCUCAAGAACAAGCAGCUAAAAUCAGAAUGCAAGAGAGACAAAAGUGGAACGAGCAAAUAGAGAAACAGAAGCAGGAACAACUGGCCUUGCUUCAGCAAAUUGAAGAAGAGAGAGCACGUUUGGAGGCUGAUCUUCUUAAGAUCCAAAUGCAAACCUGUUUGGAGAAGGCUAAGAAAAAGAAAGAGGAGGAAGAGCAAGGUCAGCUGGUGCAAAGCCACAGUGUUCCUUCUGCAGAGCAGCAGAACAAAGCAGAACAUGAGACUGGAAACACUUCGGUGUCAGAACCCAGGAGUGCUGGAGAAGACAGCCAUUUACAGGUGAUCCGUAAUUACCAACAACGCCUUCUGCAGCAAAAUAGGCUGCACAGACAGACCAUUGAAGAAGGUAGAAAGCAUCUACAGGAGUAUCAGAACAAACUGAAGCAAAGACACUUGUCUGCUGCAACACCUCCAUGCUCUGUGGACACAAAAUCAAUUCCUUUAAAGCCUGUCCCAGAACCACUUCUACAGAGGCAAGGAGUGCAACCCACACAGUGCCAGUCACCUGAACAAGUUCGUGCACAGGAGCAUGCACGGUUGCUACCUGUGUUUUCAGGAACAUCGUGUGUGUCAGAAAACUCAUCUUCACAGCAGCAUGAAGAGCAAAUGCAUAACAUUUGUCCUGGCAGACACGUGCAGUUUUCAGAAGCAUUGAAAUUGAAGCAUGGAGAGUUUCACUUGCCUUGUGGCCGUCCUUCACAAGAAGGAGUGGGAACAUUGGAAACCUCCAACAGUCGUGUCAGAGAACCACCUCAGUUCCAGUCACCAUCGGAGUUAGUCAUAAAAGAUGUCACUGCAGUAAGAACACAAUCAGAAGCACAAGUACAACAUGUUAGAUUUAUGUUGCCUGCAGAAGAUUCCUCUGAACCCUCAGAAGCAGCGCGCUUCAAAGAGUCACCUCAGAAGAUGUCUGACCAUCAAACAGAGACAGAAGCUGGAGGAGAGUCUCAUGUAGUUCAGGCAGCCCCAACUGAUUCUUUGGCAUAUCAGCAGGGAUCUGCAGACAGCACCAUCAGAACAAGCCUUGAACAACCCCUCAGUCAUUCUGAACCCAUGACUUUAUCUUGUGACAAAUCUAAAGCUCAGAGUAUUGGGGAAUUCUUGGUAUCAAAACCAGGAGAUGCAUCUUUGUUAAAUUAUUGUGGUAUCCUGAAUUUAAGGGACAGAGUGUUGGCCUCAUCAGAAAGCAUCCAAGCUCAGCAAAAGUAUUUGAAAGAAUUGCAAGAGCAGCUAGAUGCACAAAGAGAAGCUCUUCUUUCGAGACAGAAAAUACAAGAACAACUACUUUUACAGAAGCAAGAUAAACUGAAGGAACAGAUGCAGAGACAGCAAGAGGCUUUGAAAGAACUACUGAACAAGCAGGUGAGACAUACCCGCACGAGUGAAGAAAUGACAGAGGCACAAAAACCUGACUGGAUGAAUAGGACUGACUUUGUCGAAGUCUCAGAAAACUACCAGCAAGAGAAUUGUGGCAGGAGUAGAUUUCAUGGAAGUGAAAUGAUCUCACAGCACAUCGGUCCAGCUGAGCAGACUGAACAGACCGGAAAAGUUCUAUUUAAAGAACAGAAAUGGAGAUCUUCCAAACCACCUGUGGCAACAGUCAAGUUAGGGCUUGAUUUGGAACCACAUGAACUUAGUGUUAUACCAGAAGUAGACACACCGAAGAGUUGCAGCAUUUCUUUUGCAGGUAAAACAGAUUCUCUUGCUGGAGAAUCUUCUCCCAUUUCGACCACUGGGGAGUUUUCAUAUGUGAAAUGUUACAGUCACAAAGAAGGCAGGAGGUUACCUUUGAGCAUAACAAACUCUGAGGAACAAAUCUCCAGUGGAAGUCCAAGGCACAGUAGAUUAUUACAAGAGGUGCUGCUCCUGAAUGCUGAAAGUUCAUAUGAUUCAGCCCAGUCCCAGGAUUCUCAAGUGACUCAAGAUUCACCAGUUGUUGCUGCUGAAGUUGGAGAGGGAGUUACAGCACGUUCUGGACCAUCGUUCAGACUUGAUAAGACGGAAACACUUUCUAAAGCAGGAUCCACAAACUUAGGUUCAGAGGCAUUGUUGCAAGAAAUACCCUGUGACUUGUCAUCAACCAUUUCCACUGGAAGCUUUUUGACUAGUGAAGUGUUGGAUGUAAACCCUAUUGACCCUGGAUUGUCUUCUGAUAGUACGGAAGAUGGGAUUUCGAGAGAAACAGCAAAGCACCCAUGGAAGCCCUCAGUGCCUUUUACCUUGUGGCACAGGCAAGAGAAUUUGUCUGGGGCAUCUGAAACUCAGCUGCCUGAAGGAGAGAUGUACCCUGAUAGAGAAAGUCAGAUCUUGGAGAAAUCUACUGGAGACUUGAGCUCCUGCUUAGAGGACAAUACACGUUUCCAAGCUCUAACAGCUGAACUUGAUUUUCCUGAAAUGGAGAGACCUUUUCCAAACUUCCAUCACCAGUUCUUUCAGCCUUUGGAACCAAGUCUUGACUUUGAUACUUCCUCAUCCUGUUCUCAACACAGAAUUCCACAAGCCAGGAGAGAAUUUAGCAAGACUUCAAAAUUUUCAACUAAAAGUCAAGAUACUUCUACAUCUCUGGAAGUGAGAAACUCCAGUUUGACUGCACAAAGAAGCAGUUUGCCUUCUAGUCUGGAAACAACCAGGCCAACCAACAUUACACCAGAAGAACAGUCUGUUGAAGAAACCAUUACUCCAGGAUCUGAGGAAUCUUUUCACCCACUGCCAUUAGAAUGUACUCUGAGCAAUCACUGUCAGAACACUGAUCAGCCAGGGGACCUUAGUGCUGCGUUACAGAGAUCUUCUGAGCAAAGCCCUGCAAGGAGAAAGCGGGGCAAUGAGAACUGUAUUUCAUCUGCCAGAGAAUACGAAGAGCUGGUAAGAAAUAUGGAAUGUAUUGACCUCCAGUGUUCAAUGGAGGAUCUGCAAAAUGAAAGGCUGAAUCCACUGCAAGAGCAAGAACUUUACCAGCUAAAUACCACACCAGGUACAGUGGAUGAAGCUUUACCUCAGCACUUACUAAAAGAGACUGUGUCUGCUGAAAAAUCACCUGUGGAGGCACUGGAUAAGAAGUUUGUUAAGCUUCCUGAAAGAUCAGUCCAUGUACAUGAAGCAAAUAAAGCUGUGGAGAUGGAUUCUCAGUGCAAUAGAAGUAUAAAGGAUCAAAGCUUUCCAGACGAACAAAAAUGUUUGAGGAUUCCCAGAGAAAGCAACUUGGAAGACUCAGACAUCCAUUUCCAGGCUGUCAUACAACAGAGUGGUUCUCUCCUAGAAAGCCAUGAGAAACGCUCUCAUUCUGUGCCCAGAAGCUCUUGCUGUAUCCCGGUCUGGGAGACUGAGUCAGGUUGUGGUAUUAUGGAAGAGCCUGAGCUCACUCUGAUAAGCUCAAAUGACAUCAGUAUGGCAGAAUCAGACAUUGAACACAGUAACCGAGGGAAGAUUAAGGAGGAUGAAAGGAGUAGCCCAGCAGCUGUGGAUCAGUCUGAAUUUCAUGUUUUUACUGAGGAGAGAGAAUUUGUACCACUAGUUCCAGAUGCAGAUUAUUCGGUGUUUGCAAGGCCUGAGAGUUCUUCCAAAGCCCAAAGUCCUGGUGACCGUCACCUCCCAUCACGUCAGACUGCAGUGAUGGUGCUGGAGUUUGCGGCUACACCUGGAAGUCUGCAAGAAUCUUUCUUAAAACGGAAGCAGAGCUUCAUCCAGAAAUCCCUGAAAAGAGUAGAAGGAAUCAAAAAUAAAGAGAGAACAAAUGAGAAAGCAGAAGCCAGGCGGUUCCAAAGAGGGAAACCUGAGAAGUUAAGCAGGCAAAAGGAGUCUUCUCCUAUCCCUGGAAAAAAAGGUGCAGUUGCUAGUCAGUUGAAGAAAGGAAGAGAAGGGAAAGUGUCUUCUCCAGGGGACAGGAAGUCUGAAGAAACUGAAAUGCACCAGCGUACUUCCAGGCUUUAUAAUCAACUUGCAGAAGUAAAAAUGAGAAAGGAAGAAAAAACAAGGCAAGAAACUUAUGCUAAGAACAGAGAAAAGGCUAAAGAGUUUCAAAAGAAAAUGCUGGAAAAACUACGAGCCAAGAAGCCUGGGAAAGCACCGUGACCGGCUGAACACUUAACACUGCUGUCCUGGUAUGGUCCAGGAGCCUACUGAGUACUGCACUUACAUUAAGUUCAUUGUGGAGCCAUGAGGAAUCCUCAGCUUUAAGCUGUAGGAGGACUGUGUGUCAACAACCCCUCACCUUUUCCCAAGCUCCCUCCAGCAGCAGACUGACUACUGCUGUAACCAUGGUUUGUCUCCGAUCGAGCAGACACUGAAAAGCGUUUCUUGAGGGGCAUCUGUAUUUUAAAGAGCGAGCUUACUAACGGUUGUAAUAUACAUGUAUAAACCAUUUUCUAAUAAAGCUUUUUAAGAUGACUUGA